UUCUCGUCGUUCGUUACAAGAACCAUUUUCUGCUGCAUUGGGGUUUUCUGUCAUGCAUACAUCGGCCAUGCAUACGGGUUGUCAUGACGUUGAUGAUUCUCUCUUUCUCUUCUCUCGUCACUGUUGUCUUUUUGUACUACCACCAAACUCUCCAACAACAACACCUACAGUUGCUCACUAAUCCACGCGACUACCCCUACGGUUCCGCAUCACCCCAACAAGGCGCAACCCGUUCCUCUCCGUCCGGCUAUCCUCAAGCAGCAUUUGGCGCAUGUUUUCUCAGAUUUUGCGGACAUGGCGUUGGAUUCUGCUCGGCUUUUUUCGCGGGUUUCUCACAAGGUGUUUGUUUCGGCGGAUCGGAAGAUUUCCAACAAUUAGUUGCCGUUUCUUGGUGGUUCAAGAACGCCGCCUGUCUACACCGUCGAGCCCGAAAAGCUAGUGAGGCAAAAAGCACAGAACUAUCAUUCCAUCACUAGAUUCGUGGGCAUGGCAUUACGGCGCUCGCUCGUCUGUCUUGUCUGAAAAGCCGAAGAAAAAGGGAGAGGGUAUUCAUUAUUGGAAGGAAGAGUUGGUGUUGUACAAUAGCGGAUAGUGUGCGAGACAGCGUCUGAUGAUUGAAUGAGAAAACUAAAUUGGAAAUUCCUGGGCCUGAAAGUGAUAGAGCAAGAAAUGCGUUGUCUUUUUGCGUCUGUUUUGCUGCUCUUACUAUCU